CUAUUUCGUCCGGAAGUGAGUAAUCCGCGCGCGAUGAGGGCGAUGAGCUGUGGCCAAAAUUUGUGUUCGACGUCAACACGUGACCUCUUAUAUCCGAAUGCAGAAGCGGCGAGCAGAAAAUUGACGUCAACGGCUGUGCUCGAGAAGUAGUUUUACGAUAAUCAACUCGGAUCUGAUCAGUCUGAAAGCGCAGAAGGAAGCAGGCUGAAACUUGCAGUCAAAGUCAUGCGGGAAGAACUUGAGGAAGAGGUUUUUUCAAUCAAUACAAUCUACGAAGAAUGCAUGGUCCAGCAGGCUUCAAAUAUCUACCUCGUCCGUCCCGCUUCGCACCCCGAGCUUUCGUUGCAAAUCUCGUUUCCGGCCGCCUACCCGUCCAGCGCGCCCCCGACCUUGCUCUCGUUCGAGUGCACGCCGCCGGAUCUCGAGCCAUUCAUCUACCUAGUCGACCCAUCCGACGCGGACCAACGGCGACGCAAUGUGGACACUGCUCUGUUCAACGAGGUGCUGCACGCAUGCUUUCAUCCCGGCGAAGUGUGCGUGUUUAACUUUUUAGACGAACUCAGCGAGCGACUGUAUGUUGACCAAGACUCAUAUCAACAGAGAAAACGCCGGGCAGACGACGCGCUCGGUCGCCUGCACGCGCUGAGUAGUGAGAGACAUCAUGGGGACUACCCGAGCAGCGGCGACGACUACAGCGGCGACGACGCCGAGCUCGACUGGGGGAUCUCGGAUCCGAUCGUCGACCGCAAGUCUACGUUCGUCGGGCGUGCGAUCGAGGUGCAUUCGACAGAGGAGGCAAAGGCGAAGCUGGCCGUGCUCAAGACCAAUAAGAAGAUACAAAAGGCAAGCCAUAAUAUGACGGCGUGGCGGAUAAAGCCCGCGAACGGGAACGCUACUAUUCAAGACUGUGAUGACGACGGAGAAUCAGCCGCGGGCGGCAGAAUACUACAUUUAUUAACACUCAUGGAUCAAUGGAACGUGAUGGUCGUUGUCUCGCGGUGGUUUGGCGGAACCCAUAUCGGCCCAGACAGAUUCAAGCAUAUUAAUAACGCGGCCAGAGAUGCGCUUGUUCGCGGUGGCUUUGUGAAUGACGCGCCUAAUGAGAAAGACAAAAAGAAAGGAGGAAAGUCAAAGAAGAAGUGACUGCUGUGCUCUUUUUACGUUUGGCAUCGAUUUUUGUAUAUAUAGUUUAAGGCAUUGGAUGGUUUCUUUAUUUUUUGGCAUAGUUUUGUACCGUUUGCAUGCGACAUUUGGCUGUAUGUAGCUAAUAGACAAUCUCACAUUCAUCUCACCGCUUUUGCUUCUUACUCUCUUUCUUCCCCUUCUGUCCCGCCUGUCUCUUUUUCGAGUCCUUCUUGCCGCCUUUGCUUCCCCCACCACCACCACCUCCUCCUCCUCCAGCGCCAGAUAUGCCCUGCUUCUUUCUCGCGCUCUUCAUCAUGUUCUCCUCGUCGCGCUCGG